CCUCACGCCUACGCACAAAGGAGAGCCUCUGGUGAUUCACAACAAUUCUCUGGUGUUCGUCACUUGUUUUCUGUUGUGUGUAUGCAAAGAGAGGGAGGGAGAUGGCUUGCCCCGCGCAGUCCAUGCUCUCUGCAAGCGGCUGCAUCUUCCUGAGGAGCAAGCCUCAGGGAACCCUUGUGCGAGGGAGCGGCGGCGGCAGGCCGUUCUUGCUCACCUGCAGCGCUUCGUCUUCUCCUUCUCCUUCCUCGCCGCCGCCGACGCAGGAGGACUCCGACUGCAACGAGGAGGAGUGCGCACCGGAGAAGGAGGUCGGGAGCCUGAGCGCGGAGUGGCUGGCGGAGGAGAGGACCAAGGUCGUGGGCACGUUCCCGCCCAAGAAGAAAGGGUGGACCGGCUACGUCGAGAAGGACACCGCUGGCCAGACCAACAUCUACUCCGUCGAGCCGACCGUGUACGUUGCGGAGAGCGCCAUCAGCUCCGGCACGGCGGGCACGUCGGCGGAGGGGGCCGAGAACACGGCGGCCAUCGCGGCGGGGCUUGUCCUCAUCACCGUCGCCGCGGCCUCGUCCAUCCUCAUCCAGGUGAGCAAGAAUCAGCCUGCGGUGCCGGCGGUCGACUACUCCGGCCCACCGCUCAGCUACUACGUCGCCAAGUUCCAGCCCCAGCUGGUCGCGGCGCCGGCCGUCGAGGCCCCCGCCCCCGCCGCGCCGGUCGAGGUCCAGGACAGCCCCCCCGUUGAGGCCUCUGCCCCGGAGGCGACGUCCACCGUGGAGGCAUCGAUGGCGCCGGCGCUGGACACCGAGCAGCUGUCAACGUGAGCCGUUGCCAUAGUGGUGCAAUCUUUGUAUCUCAUAUUCAGUUUUGUGGCAGCAUACAAAUGAGUUUGUAGUACACGCUGACGGAAGACGUAUACAUGAUACAUGAAAAGCAUUUCGAUGUGUAUAAGUUUCGUGUA